AUUUUUAAAUAGAAAUUCUAAUUGUAUGUGCGUCUUUGUAUCGGCAGAUGUUAAGACUACUUCUGCUGACUCUGGUGGCUACUUGGGUCACGUGUGAGGAGAAAGUGAGCAUCAAGUAUGAGGCACCAGUCUUAGCCUUCACACUCCCAGCUGACAACAAGGACAUCGAUAAAGUCAUCUUUCAUUACUUCGUUAAGAACGUUGGCCACCAGGGACACGGAGUUCUGACAACUGAAGGAUGGCAGUACCAGUCACGUGACGUCAGUCUCGAUGGCGCUGACAAAGUUGAGGCUUUCGCUGUUGCGUAUGACGUCAGGAACCACGUGCUGUUGAGGACACCCAGCUCCACCCUCACUUUGAAUGACAACAGGGUCGUGGCCCAGCUGCCUGGUAGAAAGAUGAGAGGCGCUGUGAUCUUCAGAGAUGACUUUAACUCUUUCAAUACUGCCAAUUGGAAAUAUGAAGUCUCUAUGUUUGGUGGGAUGAAUUGGGAAUUUCAAGUCUACACCAACGACCCUAAAAAUGUCUUCACUAGAGAUGGAAAUCUGCACUUAGUACCUUUCCCAACGACAAAUGAUCCCAGAUUUGAUGAGAACUUCCUGCACCAUGGAACUAUGGACGUGGCACAACUCUGGGGUUAUUGUACAAAUAACGGAAACUAUGGCUGUAGUCGUGAAGGCCAGUACGGGUUACUUCCCCCAAUCAUGUCCGGUAAAGUCAUGAGUAUCCCAACAUUGAGGUAUGGCAUUGUUGAGAUUAGAGCAAGGAUUCCUAAAGGAGACUGGAUCUGGCCAGCUAUUUGGAUGAUGCCACGAGACAGUGCCUAUGGAGGUUGGCCUCGUUCUGGUGAAAUCGACAUUAUGGAGUCUAGAGGUAAUACUGUCCCCAUCGGAGUUGGCACUGUUAGCAGUACACUUCACUGGGGCCCUGCUUGGGAUAACAACAAAUACUCUCUGACAACUGGCGAGAGACAUACUGGCUCCUGGCACGACUCCUACCACACCUGGAAACUUGAGUGGACCCCUGACCAUUUAAUUACCUAUGUAGACGACCAACAAAUUAUGAAUGUCAACCCUGGGGCUGGAUUCUGGCAAAAGGGAGGCUUUACUGGGGCAAACAUCUGGGCAGGUGGCGAGAAAAUGGCGCCCUUCGAUAAAGAUUUCUACAUGAUCUUUAACGUGGCUGUUGGUGGCACUAACGGUUUCUUCCCAGACAACUACAACUGGGGCAAGAGGAAACCAUGGGCCAAUAACUCUCCACACGCAGGGGAAGAUUUCUGGAACGCCCGUAACGAGUGGCUUCCCACAUGGCAAGGAGAACAAUCCUCUAUGUUGAUUGAUUGGGUAGAAUUCAGACAUUUGUAAAAAGUUAUUUUUUUAAAUUGUUAGAGGUUCUAUACUUUGUGUAACUUGCAUUAAAUUAAACAUUAUUUCAUACAUA